AUGACGGCGGACGUUGAGCCUCAAGACCGUGAUAUGGUGGUGGAAUACGAUUCUGAGAAUAUGGAGAAGCAGCAAGAUGUCAAAGCCAGUCCGCAUUACCAGGAUGCUUUCGGAGACGAGGAGUUUGCAGAGGUCAAGUACAAGGUGUUGAACUGGUGGCAAUGUGGUUUCCUCAUGGUGUCCGAAACCGUCUCGCUAGGAAUUCUGUCCCUGCCGGCCGUCGUGGCCCAACUGGGUCUAGCUCCUGCAAUUGUCCUCUUAUUAGGCCUAGGUCUCAUGGCCACCUACACCGGCUAUGUGAUCGGGCAGUUCAAAUGGCGCUACCCGCACAUCCAUAGCAUGGCGGACGCCGGAGAGGUCCUCCUGGGCGCUUUUGGCCGUGAGCUGUUCGGAACGGGUCAAUUGCUUCUGAUCAUCUUUGUCUCUGCCAGUCACAUCCUGACUUUCAGCGUGGCUAUGAACACUAUUACGGAACACGGCACCUGCACGAUUGUGUUUGGGGUUGUUGGUCUCGUUCUGUCCUUUUUGCUCUGCUUGCCUCGGACAUUGUUGAAUGUUUCCUGGCUUUCUCUCGUGUCGUUUGUCAGUAUCCUGACAGCCGUCAUUAUUGCAAUGGUCGGCGUUGGUGUUGAAAGGCCAGGAAAGGGGAAUAUUCAAGCCACAGUCGAUACCAGUCUUUACGAAGCGUUCUUGGCUGUAUGCAACAUUGUCUUUUCAUUUUCCGGUCACGUUGCCUUUUUCAGUUUCAUGGCAGAACUGAAAGACCCCAAGGACUAUCCCAAAUCCUUGUGUCUUCUGCAAGGCAUCGACCUUGUUCUCUACAUCGUCGCCUCUGUGGUUAUCUACUGCUAUGCCGGCCAAGACGUGACAUCGCCCGCAUUGGGAUCAGCAAGUCCUAUUGUGCGCAAAGUUGCUUACGGCAUUGCGUUGCCUACUAUUGUCAUCGCCGGCGUCGUCAACGGCCACGUCGCGUGCAAGUACGUCUACGUCCGUAUCUUCCGCAACAGCGAUCGCAUACACAAGCGCGACUGGGUCGCAACCGGCUCCUGGAUCGCGAUUGGAGCAGCUGUGUGGUUGCUUGCGUGGAUUAUCGCCGAGGCGAUUCCGGUUUUCAAUAACCUGCUGAGUUUGAUCGCGUCGCUCUUCGCUAGUUGGUUUACUUGUAAGUCCCUUGGAACAUCGCAACUGUGGUCAGCGCUGACAUACGACAUAGACGGCUUCAGCGCGAUCUUCUGGCUCCACAUGAACAGAGGCCAAUACUUUGCAUCUCCAAUGAAGAUAUUCCUGACUUUUGCCAACAUCCUUAUUAUUGGAGUUGCAUGCUGCAUUUGCGGCCUCGGAUUGUACGCAUCAGGCAAAGCAUUGCAUGAUAAUCCCAGCAGUGCCAGUUUUUCAUGUGCAAAUAACGCAUAA